AUGGAUAUCAAAAUCAUCGUGCCUACAAAAGAAAGGAGCGGAAAGAAUGAGAUUUUCGAGGAAAUAGAGAAUAAUGAAAAUAGAAGUUUGUUGUUUUUUGAUGAAAUUGUUGUAGGCUAUGUUGUUCUAGCCCAUAGAAAAUCAGCGCCAUACAAGUUAAAGCUUGAAGCUAGUUUUUCAUCUGGCAAUGGGGCAGCAUCCAAACAGGAUUUUGAGACAGCUAAAGAUGAUGAGGUGAUAGCUAAAUGCUAUCUAUCAGAAAAAGAUGUAGUAGUUUGUGAGGAUGAGUUGACAGUGUGGAAAUUCAAAGUACCGGCGGUGUACCCGCGAAUGCGAAUGGAAGACCCUUGCUUACAGCUAUCUUGUUUUUACACUGAAAGUCAUGAAAUCAGCACAGAUGCUGAACAUGUGCCACAUGUGAUUUUACUGGAUUAUAUGCCCGUAGAUGAUAAUGAUUCAGAACCUUGUGAAGAAGAUACAAUAACAACAGCAACAACAACAACAACCGCGACAGUCUCGCAAAGUCAAAAAGAGUCUUCUAUAGUCAAAGUAACUGCUGAGGCGACAGCAGAGAUAUGCAUUCCAAUAACAGUUUCAUUAGUGAUCAAAAUGAAAUCAACAAAACCAGCUGGAAGAAAUGAUGUUUUAUUGGCAGCACUAAACAUAGAAUGCGCUGAAGAGUUACUAACGAUGAAAGGAUCUGAAAUGGAUAAAACUUAUUUUGAUAUUUUAUAUCUUGAAGUUUCGUUUGAGUCCGGUUUAGCAGUUGCCAUGGGGUCAACUAUACCACAGCGAUUGAAGUCUACUGAUUCAAUUAACUCUGUACACAAAUUCAUUAAUAACGAGCCCACUACUAAUCGAGAAUCUACCAGGCCAGUAUUGAUACGUCUCCAAUCACGAAUGCAGAAACUAGUCAAUGGCAAAUUUGAAAAUGUCAGCAAUCUAAUACAAACUGAAUGGACGCCUUUUCUCGAUUUUGGGAUAAUUGCAUCGCCAAUAAACAAUGCUUUACGAACCAGUAAUAGUCAUUCGACAACAGAUUCACAAGCUAGCAACUUAUCAACUCGGUCGAAUUUUCGCCACAGGGCAUUGUACAAUGGUUUCUACAAAUUGAAGGGAUCAAGCAAUUCAAUGUUGAGUGCUAGCAGCUUGGGAGCUGUCCAGGGCCCUCCCAUGACUAGACGAAUCAAGCUGAACGCAAGUAGGGUAACGUCGUCUGUAACUGUUAAUUUAUCAACCAAUCUCAAUUCGUCCUUGAGUGGAUUAAAGCUUACAUUUGUUGGGAAAAUCGAUAUUAAAUUGGGGCAAUUGGUAACCUGGAAAAUUCAAGCAAUCAACACUUCGAUGAACCGAUUGAACUUGUCGUUACUAGUCCAAAAACCAGUUAAUUUUAACCUAGCUUGUAACAACUUUGAAUUUUUAACUAAUACCAAGUGGACCGCCAAUACUACCACCACCACCACCAACACCUAUAUCAACAACACCACAAAUUCUCUUGCUGGCCGAGGGGAAAUAAUAGAUAAUGGGGUAAUCAUUUUGAAUAACGACAUUAGGAUGCCAUUGGAUCCACAAAUGGUUUUCGAGACAGAAAUUCAAAUGAUCGGUCUUAAGAAGGGGAUUUAUAAUCUUGAUGGGAUCAAGUUAUAUGAAAUCAAUUCUGGAGAUGGAUUGGAUUUUGGCAAGUUGAUAGAGGUUUUUGUAGUUUAA